AUGAACCGAAUAAUCUUGACCACUCUUUUGUCCAUGGUUUUGGCCGAAAAAUCACCGAGGCUGAAAUUCACUGCGCAAGAGCAAGCCAAGUUUCACUUCAAGAAACCUGAGAACUACAUGACAAUUUACCACCAGGAGGGAAGUGACAUCCUCUACGUGGGGGGGCAGGGUGUUAUCUACACGUUGAAAUUCAUGGACAACGAAGUCAGGGAUACGCAGAUUCCAGUCGCGGUAGACGAAAGUGCCAAAGGAAACUGUCUCUCGAGAUCAGUGUUGCCACAGCUGGAGUGCGACAAUUUCAUCACUGUCAUUGAGAAAAUCAAUGAUACAUUCGUGGUGUGUGGGACAAACGCAGGAUCCCCUAAAUGCUGGCUAUUGGUCAAUAACACUGUGCUUACUGACAUACCUCAAAAUGGCCUGAUGACAUCAGCCACUGAUAUUUCUCCCCCCUCCCCCUCCCAAAGGUUCAUCAGCCUCUCAGCAGAUGGGAGUCUGUACUCUGCUAUGUCUGCGGUAUCGAGGCAGCCUGGAUCCAUCAGAAGAACCUACAGCACCAACAAGCUGCUAAAGACUGAGAACAAAUGGCUGCUAAAUCCUCAGUUUGCUGGAGCGGCGGUGAUCCCAGCAUCAGAGAAACAUAGGGAAGAGAUCUUCUUUUUCUUCAGUGAGAUCAAUAAGACGGUCAGCGUGGAUGAGGAGCCCUACAGAGCUCACAUUGGACGAGUCUGCAUGCUUGAUGAAGGAGGUACGAAGAACCUGUUGCCAGACUCCUGGACCACCUUUCUUAAGGCAAGAGUAAUGUGUGGAACACCAAGUAUGCCUCAGCAGUAUAACAACAUCAGACGCACGUUUGUGCUGACAGCCCAGGAGAAGACUGGGGUUAUGUAUGGCCUCUUUUCUAACGCUUGGGACACAACUGUGGUGUGUGCAUAUUCCAUCGAAGACAUUGAUCAGGCCUUCUCUACAUCUAAACUGAAAGGUUACAACAGCCCACUGACAGGACACAGACCAGGAACGUGUGCCUUCAAGAAUUUGCCGGCCAACCAGUAUCAAAAGAACCUGGAGGUGAUAAAGGACCACCCAGAGAUUGAGGAUGUGAUCAGGCCAGUGGGAGGGGCACCUUUGGACUUGCCCACAGACGACCACUUCACAUAUGUCGUGGCUGAUACCGUCCUAGCCGUUAAUGACGAGCAUUACUCUGUCAUUUACCUGGGAACAGAGCAGGGGAAGGUCCUUAAAGUGCUGCAUACCAUCGAUGAGGCAUUCAUCAUAUCUCAGUAUUCCCUGUUCCGUAGUGAGGGGCCAGUCUUAAACAUGGCCAUUGACUCCCAGAAGGGUCACCUCUAUAUUGGCACAGCCACGGAGGUCCAGAGAAUCCAGUUGGCUGACUGUGGUCGCUAUGGAGACAGUUGCCGGGAGUGCAUCCUCUCUCGAGACCCUUACUGUGGGUGGGACACAGCCAGGAAGAAGUGCACAGCCAUUCCAAAAGACUAUAACAUCAGCUCUGGGACAAUCAUCCAGAGCCUUGAGCAAUCCAAUGCCUCUGUUUGUGGAGAGACUGCAACUCUGAAGAGCCGUAAAACAGUGCCCAAAGAAGUAAUACUGAGUCCAGAUGGCCCCGUUCUGCUACCCUGCCCUGUGCACUCCUACCAUGCCACCUACCGAUGGGAGAAAGAUAACUGUGUGAAGCACUACCCCUGCACCAUUUCUGGAACCUCUUGUGUUCUGGGGCCUACACCUGACCUGCAGCUGGACCAGGGGGUGUUCCGUUGCAUGGCCACAGAGGACGGGUUAAAGCAGGAGGUGGUGUCCUACCGGUUGGUGUUCAACAGCGGUCCUCUACCGGCUUCCUUUGCAUCCACCCUAGCUCCCUCUCUACUGCUGGCUGCAGCCACCCUUUGGCUGCUGUAG